UUCCCUCCACCGAGCCCCUGGAUUAGCGUUCUCCAAAUGGGGCAGCCGUCGACGAGGUGUAAUUUCCCCCUCUCGCAAGCGGCAUCCAGGCGAAUUGCCGGGGGGUGCAACCUACCGUUGCCUGUGGUAUUUAACGAUGGCCUAGUGUCCGCCUCGAGCCUGCCCUCUCCUUCCCUCCUUCUCCUCAGCUCGCAACAAGCCAACACAAAGCUCUCUUGACUUCGGUCGUCCACUCUUUAAACAACACUCACAAAAAGGCAUUUUUGCUCUUUUCGGUCUUUACCACCCUCUUCACAAACACCCCCGUUUUUUCAAACCAAAAACAACAGCCAAGAUGCGUUUCGCUGCCGCCGCCGUUGCCCUCGCUGGCACCGCUCUCGCCCACAAGGGCAGCCAGAGCACUGUGUACUCGACCGAGUACUACACCAUCACCUCGUGCGCCCCGACGGUCACCGACUGCCCGGCCUCGAGCACCGUUGUCAGCUCGUCGGUUGUCCCUCUCACCACGUCGACCAUCUACAGCACCACCACCAAGACGGUGACGGACUGCCCUGACACUGUCACGUACUGCCCGCCCACCACCAGCACCGGCUCGGGCCACUACUCCAACACCACCUCGGCCGUGGUUUCGCCCCCGUACCCGACCAAGACCCCCGGCACCACCCUGACCUCUGCCGCCCCGGUCUGCCCCGGCACCUCGGUCAAGACCAUCUCGACCUCCAUCACCACGGUCAUCCCGACCGUCAUCUACGAGACGGUCCAGGUCCCGUGCCCCACGGCCUCGGGCCCUGCUUCCAGCCCGUCCGGCUACACUCCCUCUGGCAAGCCCACGGGCACCAAGCCUCCUCAGCCCACCUUCACCGCCGGUGCUGCCACCCUGGGCGGCUCCGCGGCUUUCGCUGCCGUCGCCGGUCUCAUUGCCCUCAUGGCUUAAAUCUUCUCGCCUUUCUACUGAACAUUUUCGUUAAGUAGCAUAGCAGAGUGGAAAGGCCAGGGGCUGGUAGUGCUGGGC